AACAAGUGAUACUAAACAACUCUGAACUGUGUUACUAUUUCAUAUUUAGGCUACUGCUUAUAUCGUUUCAGCCAAAACCUGAGGAAAUUCUGUUUAUUGUAAUAUAAGGGAGGAUUAAGUUAAUCAAUCUUUAAUAUGAAUGAAGAAUGCAACUUAAAACUAGUUUUUUGUGAAAAUAUUCAAUCGAGUUGUGAUGUUAACAUUUAUAUUGCCAAGAAAAACAAAAAGUUACCUUAAUACGAGCUCGUGCAAAUCCCCAGAUGGCAAGAACUUAGUAGUCAGUCUAUUACUAGACAUAGGCCAAAUUACUGAGAGGCCUGUUUACGGUAAGGAGGAAAGCCGGCCCCGGAAGCUUUGGGAGCCUUCCAUGCGUUACGUUCAGAAAGAUGUUUGUCUGUCUCAAGUUUCAUUUGGGCAAGGUAGCCGUUGAUCAAAAAGCACCACCAACUUCUACCUCAUCUUGUUCCUGAAUAACGAGAUUGUUAUGUUUACCAAGAAUGGUGAUCAUAAAUGCAGUUAAAAACUAGGUGUUUAUGGUUCUGGUUGCAGGUAGAAUUUGAGUCACGCAAUUGUGAGCCUAAGAUAUCAAGUACAAAGGCUUCGAAAACAAAUCAUGCAUGUGUUAGAUUUUUUUUAUCUUUUCAACCACUGUCUCAAUUCAACAAGUAUUGAUGCAGUCCUUUCUUUUCUGACUUUUGAUUUAAACAUUCUGAUUUUUUAAAAUUAAUUGACAUGCAUUUAUCUAUAGUCAAAUGCAUAAACAGCGAGGAGGUGCUCCCUAGCGGCUACUGACGGGAAAGCAUUAACAGACGGGCAAAGAGGAUUGUAAUGCUUUUUUUUGCAAGAAGCUUUAGUAUUUAGCUAAGUAUCACGUCUAAAAACCACUCAGUAACAACCAAAUUGUGCUAGUGUUCUCCUACGGUAGAAGCACGAUGAAAACAAAGCAGUCCAGACAAGCACACUUGCGCAGCAUAAACCCCAUCGAAAACAUUUUGCAUGAAGGCUUGUUACGUUAGCGAUGACCCCUACCAUUAGUCGGAGCAGUAGGUACAGCCUGGCAAAAAGACUUAAGAUAGCUAUCGGGUGUGGUUUGGUGUUUUGCCACAUUCACUACUACUGUAUUGUAGAGAAGGCGUAACAUUUCAUAACGCCAAGACGUUAGGUGGCAGAUGUGUGCUGGUUUUGUGGAAGACUUGUCUUUUUGCUCAUGCGCUUAAACAUACUUGGCGCCAGAAGAGUCGUGGCGCCAGUCCUUCUGCGUCCAGAGAGAAAGAGUGCAGACCGCAGCCAGGUUGUGCAGACGCAAGCGAAGAUCCAGAGGCCGUCGAUUGUGCAAACCCUGCAAGUAGCGAUCUCUUUGCUUCUUGAAGAUCAAUCUAAGGACAAACAGGCAGGAUUUCUCCUGGCUCAGGCUGGUUUAAAAGGACCUCAGGCAUCUUUUUAUUCUGAGAAAGCGGUGCUCCCAGAGCAACGCUAAGUUUCACUUAAACGGGAAGACGGAAGUCGUCAGGCUGGAGUGUGUCUUGAUGGCCGAGUCAGAGACUGAGUGUGACACACCAGGCCUUGAUACACUGGGGUCUGAGUGUGUCAUUGCACACACACAAGUUGGAGACUUGCACUAUGCAGCAGAGACAGAGAUCAUUACCCAAGAGGACAAGAGGCUUGACCUGGAAGCUAUCCAUGGAGAUCUUGGGGCAGUGGCCUGUGUUGAUGCAGUUACAGAGACAGACCAUGACUACACCAAAUCUGAGGUGCAACACGACCCCCAAUACUUUGGAAGUGCGGACAUGAAGGGCAAUGAGGCCCUGCUUGGUGAAGUGCUGUUGAAGGCGGAGAUGGGUGGAGCAGGUGCAGAGCAUGUUGUAAAGGUUGAGUCAGACCAUGGAGGAGAGCUUACAGUGGAGUCAGAGAAUGGUGUUGUCAUUCAUGAAGCUCAGGGUCUGCAGUGCAAUGAGUGUGGAGAGAUAUUUGGCAGCAUGACUGAUCUGCAUCAACAUUUUGAAAUCCAUAAAGCAACAAAUCCCUACAUCUGUGUCCACUGUGGUGAAAGCUUUGCUGUAGAAGCUAGUCUUAGGGGGCAUAUGAAAAUACAUAUGAAGGAGAAGAGCUAUGCCACCACAGGUGUAGAGAUGGUAGGUAAAGGAGUCAUUGAUGCAUUUAACCUGAAACCACAUCAGAUGAUGCACUCCCCUGAAAAGCCACACAGAUGCUCUGAAUGUGGGAAGAGCUUUGCUGCAGCUAUCACACUCAGAGAGCAUAUGAAGAUGCAUUCUGAUGACAAGCCCUACAAGUGUACCCAAUGCAGGAAGAGUUUUGUCCGUAGGCGCCACCUAAAGAAACAUCAAGAGCUGCAUGCUCGUGAGAAGCCGUUUAACUGCCCCCAGUGUGGUAAAGGUUUCACUACUGCUUCUAAUCUGAAACAGCAUCAGAAGACCCAUGCUGGUGAUAAGCCACAUAGAUGCUCCCAAUGUGGCAAAUGUUUUGCUGCAGCAGCCACUUUGAGAGAACAUCAACGGAUUCAUUCUGGUGAGAAACCCUACAAGUGCAACCAGUGCAGGAAGAGCUUUGUGAGGAAACGCCACCUGAAGAAGCACCAGCUGGUCCACCAGGGUGGCAAACCAUACAGAUGCUCUCAGUGCGACAAAGGUUUUAACCACUCUUCGUCCUUGUCAAGACACCACAAGGUCCAUCUGGAGGCUAAGAUGUACCCUCAGUCUGACAAGGAGUUCUCUUAUGAUACUCCUAUGAAGAGAGGAAUGCAUACAGGUGAAAAGCCAUACAGCUGCAACCACUGUGAGAAGAGCUUCAAUCACUCAUCAUCCCUAUCCAGGCAUCAGAGAACUCAUUCUGAUGGAAAAUCUUAUACCUGUGCCCACUGUGGCAAGAGGUUUAACCAUUCCUCUUCUCUUGCAAGGCAUCAGCGUGUUCAUUUGGAUGAGAAGUCGUCCUAUAGUGCUAUUCCGUCAGGAAAGGGAUUCCCUCAUACUACCAUCUUGAAACAGAGAAUUCUGCAGAGUGAGAAACCAUACAGGUGCUCUCAGUGUGGAAAAGGUUUCAAUCAUUCUUCUUCUCUGUCUAGGCAUCAUAGAAUUCAUAUUGAUCAGUAAACUCACCACUGAAGUGUUGGGUGUAUUUUACAAAUUGUCCCAGUUUAGUUGCAGGUCAAACCUAACCCAUUUAUAUGGGUGAGUUUGUCUUCAGAAAAAUAAAAAAUCUAACUUUAAUCUGGGCCUACAGAAGGAUGUUGAUGCUAUAUUGAAAGUAAGCUUUUGGUUAAAUCCUUUACCUUUUAAGAGCGAUGAAUUUCAAUACGUGGUAUGAUUGACAUUUAGCCGAUACAGAUCUGCGUAAUGUGCAUAUAAAGCUUGCUGUUUUUAAUUUGACUCCUGUAUAAUAAUGUAGACACAACUUGUAGCAAUUUCAUGCUUAGUGACUUGGGCCAGUUAUGCUCUUAGUAGUGUCCUUGGAGUUAAGAUGGAUGGUUUCAGAAAGUGGUGCAUCCAGGAUGUGUCCAGACCGACCGUAUUGAGCUUUAGACAUAAAUGGUGGCCAAGUCCAACAGAUUUUGACUCGCAUAGGCACUCCCUAGUCCUUGUAUCUUUUCCCCAUCUCCUUUAUGGGCUGUUCAAAAACAUUUGUAAAUAAGUGUUAAUUUUUUUAUAUACAUAUGUAU